AUGAAGGUUUUCACCUCCAAUUUUCUUCCCGCUAAGAGUUUAGCCAUUCCUUCUCCAGUGGAUUACAGGCGUCAGUGCAAAACAUUUUCCAGCACCUCCAUUCAAUGGUUGGAGUCGAAAGCGCAGAAUGGGGGUAUUGACAUCCAGCAUGCAAUAAACGGGGGGGGAUCAGAAAAUAGCGCUGCACACAGCACACUUGAAAGAGAGAGGGCGCUGCAGUUUGUGUACAGUAUUGAUCUGCAUGUUAUGUGGGAGCACGAGUGGGCGGAGAUGAAAACGUUACACUCGGCUUCAACCCCCCUCAGCCCGCAAGAAGCUUUGUAUGGGGGGCGGACUUGCCCACUGCGCAUGCGUUGCACAGCGGGGGAUUGCGAAACCGUUCACUACGUGAACUUCACGAGUCUUUACCCGUACGUGAACUGUAGCUUCCCCUACCCCCUCGGUCAACCCAAAAUAAUCUACAAAGAUUUUGAUGACCCCCGCAAUUAUUACGGUUUCAUCAGAGCCAUCGUAUAUCCCCCACGGGCUCUGUAUCUCCCCGUUCUGCCUCACAAGACAUCUGCAGGCAAACUGGCUUUCACUCUGUGCCGCGCAUGCACUGAAAUCAACAACCAGGAAGGUUCCUGUUCACACUCCGACCAAGAGAGGGCGCUGACUGGUGUGUGGGUUAGUGUUGAGUUUGUGAAAGCUUUGAGUCUGGGUUAUCGUGUUGCAGAAAUCCCUGAAGUCUGGCAUUUUGAGAAACAAAGCAGCACGAUCUUCAAAGGCUACCCGGCUGAUGCGACGGAUGAGGAGAGCAGGCUAAACUAUAUAGAAGACUACAGGGUUAAUCAGGGCAUCCGGCUGAAUCCGGACAAGAUCGAGGUGAACCCCGCUAAAAGACAACUUUUGGCGCAGAGAAAUGACCUGGCUCAAACCACCAUCGUGAGCAAACCCAAUUAA